AUCCAGAAGAAUGAAAGUAGUACUGCUCAUUUCGACAUUAAUUUUCGCGUUCUUCAAUCACGGGGAAGCAGCUCGGAUUCUCGGACUGUUCGCCACCCCUGCCAAAAGCCACAGUCGUGUCUUUGAGUCUCUUUUCCGAGAACUGGCAGUCAGAGGUCAUCAGGUGACCUUUGCUAGUCCCUUUGAUCUCCAGUGGCCCUUGGGUCUCAACGAAUCCUCCGGUGGUAGCAUCCAAUAUGUCAAGCUGGACGACCAAGGAGCGCUGGGCUCCAUCAUGGGCUACGUGGUUGGCCCAAACAGGAGGCCCCUGGCUGAAAGCUUCUGGCUGUGGUCUAUUGCACCUGAUGUUUGCAGAAACGAACUCCACUCUCCAGAUUUGAUUCCGAUAAUUGACGGCGGAAAGAACAAAACCAUCACGUUUGACGUCGUGAUUGUUGAGUCAUUCUUCUUUGACUGCUUUGCAUCGAUGUCAAAACUGUUCGAGGCGCCUUUGGUGCUUUUCACAUCGCAAUGGGCGCCUCAGUGGGCUCACCAGGCCAUGGGCAACCCUGACCCCUGGGCAACCUCGCCUAAUAUGUUUCUCCCGUACACGCACAAAAUGAACUUUAUUGAGCGGCUUCAUAAUUUCAUCCACUCUGCAAUCGCCCUUUUGUCCCGAAAAUAUUAUGAGCUUCCUCGGCAGGACGUGAUUAUCAAAGAGGUAUUUGGUGAGAAUUUCCCCACUCUGGCAGAAUUGGAAAAGGAAGCUGCUCUCAUGUUAAUAAAUUCGCACCCGAUCACCAACUCGCCCCAUGCAAAUUUGCCUAAUGUGAUCGAGGUGGGUGGCAUUCACAUUCAGCCAGCAGAACCUUUAGACAAGGAGCUCGAAAGUUUUUUUGAAGGAUCUCCGAACGGGGUGAUUCUGUUCAGCCUUGGCUCGCUAAUUAACAAAGACAACAUGGAUCCAGAAAGGCUGCACACCCUCACCAAAGCUAUGGCUGCCAUUAAUUAUCCCAUCCUCUGGCGAUGGGACACAACGGAUGUGCCAAACUUGCCAAAAAAUGUUAAAAUAUUGCCGUGGAUUCCGCAGCGAGACGUUUUAGCUCAUAAAAAUCUACGCCUCUUUGUGACACACGGUGGUCUCCUUAGCACUCAAGAAGCAACUUACGAAGGCGUUCCAAGGCUUGUAAUGCCAUUUUUUGGAGACCAACAGAGCAACGCUCAAAAAGUUGUGCAAAUGGGGGUUGGCCUGUCCCUGAAUUACUAUUCCGCGAGUGCUGAGGAAACUGCCAGCGCAAUCAACACUAUUUUAACAGACAAACGGUAUGCCAGCCGGGCGAAGCAACUUUCAAACGCUUUCAGGGACCAACUGAACAGCCCCCUCGAGAGAGCCGUCUUCUGGACUGAACAUGUGAUUCAGCAUAAAGGAGCUGCAUAUUUGCGUUCCGCAAGCAGUGGCUUGAAUUGGUACCAAGACCUGUGUUUGGACGUGCUGGCGUUUCUCCUGUUAACGUCAGCAGUGGCUAUUUUAACGGGGAUUGCUCUUUUAAAAGCAUUAUCGGCGUUCAUUGCGAGUCGGAAAUCGAAAGUUGAUUAAAAAUCUGAGCGUUACAAUAAAUCACGGUGUUUUAUUACAAAUCAUGAAACAACACAAUGCAAAUUGAAGCCAGUAUUCUUGUGUGUUAAAAUGAUCUGUCCCACAAAUUUAGCAAAUUCUUUCCACUACAGACCCCUUUUAGGAAACAAUACUGAAUGGAAUCAUUUAACAACGAAGAGAAAAGUGGAAAAAAAUCAACAAG